AAUUUUCAAUUAAUCAGUUUAUAAUAAGUGAAAAUCUUCAAUUAAUCAAUUGCAAAUUUUUCCUUAAGAGAAAAAUUUGGUAAAAAGGAGUUUUUAUUUUUUUUUGAAGAAAAAGUCUUUCAAAUCUUUCGUAGUCUUUAUGAAAAUAGCUUGUUUGGAGAAAAAUGGAAAUAGAAGUCGAGGAAAAAGAAACAUUUUUUAUGGAGUUAUUAAUGAAAUAAUGGAAAGUGUGAAAAUAAGAAGUUUAUGAUAGAGUGAUUUAUGCUCUCGAGAGUGUAUAUUGGUACGUGGCACUUGUUUCUCAGCAUCCUUCAUUCUACAAUAAUCCCUCGCAAAUGUCAGGCUGAGCCAUUUGGGGUGGAUUCGUCCUCUCACUCUCUCUCUCUCUCUCUUCCCCUUUUUCUCAUAACCAUCAGCUUUAUACUUCCCCGACUCGAUUUCAACAAGGAAAGAGGUGGUAAACCAAAGGCAGGUGGGAGAUUGAAACGAAGGGGAAAUUCCAUGGAGAGAAAAUGAUGUUACCUUCUUCCUUUAGAACGAGAACUGGAUGGAGAAACAGGUGGAAUAAGGGGGUUGGCGGAGGGUGAAGAGACUGGUAAAAGCAGAGAAGGGGUUGGAAUCUAUCCUACCCCCGUUACACGGCUUGCGUAUUCAGCCUGGUGUCUGGCCACGGCUACUACUAGUACCCAGUAUUCCGGCGACUGACCCGAGAGCUACUUGUUCCACUUGUUCGCAAACGUGUUCUUUUUCAAGAAAAAAAAAAUAAGUUUCACUAUUCUUCAAAAAUCAUUUAUUUCCCGCUCAGUGCGCGCGCUCUAUUUUUGCCAGGAGAAGAUGAGCCAACUGAUGCUCUACUCCAGGAGAUGUCAAGUGCCUGACCUGAUAUAUUUAUUUCUUCAUUUGGUUUAGAAAAGAAAAAAUUUUCAAUGCUGCGAGUGAAAUACAUAAAUGAGAAGAUUGCACAAAGAGACGAUUUAUCAGCUGUGAAACGAGUGAAAUUAUUUAUAGCCGAUUCGAAUAAUUGGAGGAGGAAAAGAAUUGGUGGAAUCAACUGUAGAUGAAAUCGAAGAAUAAAAAACAAUAGAUUGAAUCGCGGAAAAAGGACGAUGGAGAAGAAAGAAGGCGAACUAUAAAUGAGAUGAAGAAAUGUUUUCUGAAUCCAAAUUUUUUUGCAAAGUUCUUCCACAAGUUCGAAGUUGGUCGGUCAACAAUGUGCUGGAGACAAAAAAAGUGCUCAAGUUCACGACCAUUUACCUUUGCCUUCGCGGCGCUGAAAAAACGCGCGUACAAACUAAAAACGCUGGCGCACUUUCCAGUGAGAUAAAAGUUUCACCUUGAGUGUUUGCUUUUUAGAACAAGGCAAAAAAAAAGAAACCAAUUUCUCGAAGAGAAAAUCUAAAAGAGUCAAUUUCAAAUAUCAAUAUUGUAAAUAUCUUAGAUUUCCAUAUUAAUCCAUUAUUACUAUUAGAUGAAAAGUAGUUGCUCAGAAAAAUCAGGUUUAGAAUAAAUUCUCUCCUCUCUUUCUUUUGAAGAAAUUUGUUUUUUGAAAAUAAAAUAUAAAGGAAAAUUAAAAAUUAAUGAGUCUAAUGGUAGAUGUUGUGCAACGUUUUUUGAAUCAGUGGAUUGAGAAUGUGAAUGAAGAAUCGGGAAGUUGAUGAAAUAUUAUUGGAACGUUAGAUUAUGACGGUAAUGCCGUCAAGUUCUGAUGUCGCAGACAAAGCGGUCUCGACGGAAGAUGCAUCCUGCGGGGUGGAGGUGGCUAGUAUCGAUGCCCUAUUGGCGGCAUUGGUCGAGACAAAAGUUGAAGCAAUAAAAGCCUCGUCUUCGUCGAUAAUAACGAGACGUUUCGGUAGUGCUCCAGCGAGUCCAAGACGACCGAGAUUGACCUCAUCAUCGACUGUCUCCUCAUCUCAGAAUCAUCAUCACCAUCAUCAUUAUCAUCAUUGUCAUCCCGAUCAUCGUCAUCAUCAUCAACAUCAUCACUGUGAUCAACAUCAUCAUCAUUGUGAUCAUCUUGAUCACACUGACGAUUAUCAUUAUCCAGAACAUGUUGAUUAUCAUCAGCGACAGAAUUAUCAGGAGGAAGAACAACAUCGAGAACAUCAUCAUCAUCAUCAUCAUCGGCACGGUCGUCGAUACGAGAAGAAGAAACGCGAACGUCAUCGACGUCAUGGCUCUGCUCCUUGCGGUGAAUUCAUCGAAAAUCCAAGACUGCUGGAACGUGGAUCUGAUAAAGGAAAAAGGAGAGCGUCGGAAUGUCCUCGGAGUCCAAGUAAAAAGAGAAAAUAUUCCAAAGGUUCUUAUGUACUUGAAGAGGAUAUAUUGGAUUUGCCAUUGGGACUUGAUACGCCAUUUGAGAAUUUGGGCAUUGACGGUGAUCAGGAUUUAGGGCUGAUAAAUUUGAUAAGAUCGAGAGAGGCGUUCAGCGAUAUAUGCGAGUAUCCCAGGUUGCACCAAAGUGCCUGCUACACUUCCCAAAACGAAGCACAGCUGAAACUUGACUAUGACGAAGAUGAUGAUUUUCUGGCGCUCAAUCUUGAGGAUGAAUUAGAUGACAAUGAAACAUUGAGUAAUCCGGAGAAAGUGAAUAAACCAAUGGAGCAAUUUCAUCGUCCGCGUAAAAAACGAAAACGACGACGACGACAGAAGAAAAUUGAACCAGAAAUUGUGAUAGAAACGGAUCCCGAUGAAUUGCCGCCAAGAGCACGAAUGACCAUCGUCGCUACUGCUUGCCUUUUGCUUGCCAUGUCCCUGCUCCUGGUGGGAAUUACUCUUCGUAUGGGGCCCAUUAUCGACGAAAUGGUACGAAAAGAGAAUGAAGCUUUGAUGAAUUCUUUGAAUCACGAUUCAUCGGUGCAAGAAAAUUCGACAACGUCACCAGAAGGACCAUCAUUUUAAAAAUAGGAGGAAGAAGAAAAGAGAUGAUUUUUCCAGUAACUCGAAUUUUAAUGCUCAUCGUUUAUCACACACGUUCCAAAAGAGAAUUACUCUCUCUCAGGUCAGAUGGUUGAUUUCUAAAUACAAUUUUCAUUAAACUUUUAAAAACUUUCAAACAUACCCGAAAAAUGUCAACACAACGGGAAAUUGAAAGUACAUUUAUAGCUGCAACGAAAUAUUUUCUUGUUAGAAAAUCUUUUCCCAGUCAACUUUUUUUUUGUUAUUUAAAUUUUUAUUUAUUUCUCUUUAAUUCAAAAUCAAAAAUUUAUAUUCAAUUUU